AAAUCAAGACCGACGUGGAGUUCUUCGAGAAGCUGCUCGAGGAGGAAAACGUGCAGGUGCUGCCUGGAACCAUAUUCCAUGCACCAGGCUUCACGCGGUUAACGACGACGCGGCCCGUUGAGGUAUACCGUGAGGCUGUUGAGCGCAUCAAGGCGUUCUGCCAGCGUCACGCGGCCGUUUAG